CUCAUUUUCUGUUUCCGUUUUUUUUUGCUGGAAGCCGCAGAGCACGAUUUGGCGUGCACAGUGGCGUCAGUGAGGCAGAGGUUGUUCGGCCAUGGCGUCCACUCUUCGCGUUACCACAUGCCCUUUAUCGUCGUCGGCGUUCGUCACUCGCAAUGAUCUGCGCAGCCAUGCGACUGUAGCCGGGGCCAUGGGGAGAGGACGCACCCCCGCGGCGGUCGUCCCCGCAUUCACCAAGCAGCCGCGGGCGCAGGCAGCGGACAAGGCGAAGAAGGGCCGCGUGGACACCCUCUUCGACGGCUCCUUCGAAUACACCUCCUGGUACGUGGUGUUUAACGAGCUCACAGCGCUGGGGCUGAGGAGUGUGUCGCCGGAGGAGGCAGCAGCCAUGGCGUACGGCACCACCGAGGCCGGGGAGGGCAGCGCGGCCAGUGGGCGUGCGGAGGGCGGGUUGGCGGUGCUGCUGGACGUGCGGGAGGCGGGGGACUACGAGGCGGUGCACGCGCGUGGGGCGGUGAGCGCGCCGCUGUUCCGCCUCAUCCAGGGCGACGGGCUUACCGCGUGGGCGCGCCGCGCAGGGUACGCCGCCAUGGGCGACUUCCGCGGCACGGAGCGGAACCCCGACCUGCUGGCCCAGGCACUGGCCGCCGUGGGGGGGGACAGGACCCGCCGCGUGAUCGUGAUGUGCGGGCGAGGGGGCACCCUGCAGAAUGUGUCGAUGCGCAAAGGCAUGGAGUUCAGAGACCCGGACAAGCGCUUCGGCAUCCAGUCCAGGUCUCUCAAGGCGUGCUACGAGCUGCACGUGGCGGGGUUCACAAACCUCCUCCAUGUGGACGGUGGGCUCAACCUCUGGCUGCACAAGCAACUGCCGUCGGAGCCUUGACCCCACCACCAUGCAUUUAGGAUUUGAGUGGGUAUACAAGGCACUCCUUGAUGCAUGCACCUUAUGCUGUCUCCUAUCAUAAACUAGCCACCACAGAUACAAAUUAUGAGUUAUAAAUGGAUGUUCUCAUG